AAACAACAAAAUUGGCCUGGUUCUUAAGUAUGUCAUAUGCACUAGACUGAUGUGAAAAUGGUAAUGUGAAUUGACCCGGAAUUACACAAUGGAGGGCCUGAACGUAGCCUUCAUCACAGAUGUGAGCUAGCCUCCCUGUCACUAACGGCCAUGCAAUUCCUCGAUUAUAACGCAGAGGGUGAUCCGGGAGCGGCCGCGCAUCCACCACACGCCGACCAGUGUGGCGCUCAGCAGUACCAAACACCCUCCUACUGACCAAACGUUGCAGUGAAUGUAGCGGCUUGGUGCGCAUGCUCUGUAAAUGGUCACUUCUCUCUCCAUCCUUCCCAGUCCCGCCCUUCUUCUCGGUGCCGUUAGUCGUCGAUUGUCGCUGACAGCCUACAUCUCGAUGAUACAAAUGCAGUAAUUUAUGGGAACAACAGGCUUCUCGUUAAACCCUUUCGGUUCUGGAGCCCGGAGGACAGGCGUGGUGCCCUGCUGGCGAGUAUACAAAUAUGAAAGGUUGAAAACUGAAGCCUAAAGAUGAGUUUAACAUCAUGGUUUUUAGUGAACAGCGGAGGCACGCGACAUAGACUACCACGUGAAAUGAUUUUUGUUGGAAGAGAUGACUGUGAGCUUAUGUUACAGUCAAGAAGUGUGGACAAGCAACAUGCGGUUAUCAACUAUGAAGCCUCUACUGAUGAACAUUUAGUCAAAGACUUAGGUAGUCUUAAUGGGACAUUUGUGAAUGAUACCCGGAUUCCUGAACAAAGCUAUGUUACCCUGAAGCUUGAAGAUAAGCUGAGAUUUGGUUAUGAUACCAACCUUUUUACUGUAGUACGUGGAGAAUUAAAGGUACCCGAAGAGGCUCUAAAGCAUGAAAAGUUUACAAGUCAGCUCCAGUUUUCACAAAAACCUAUGGAAUCAGAAAAAUCAAAAGAAACUGACAUAAAAACGAAUGAUUCUGCUGAAGCACAUCAGGCACCAUUAUAUCCACAGAAAUCUGAAGAAAAAUUGACAAUGGAUCUUUCUGCUCUGCAUCGUGGGACUCCCUUGUAUGGACAGCCAUCUUGGUGGGGUGAUGAAGAUGCUGCAGGUUGCACAAAUAACCAAGAUAAGGAUAGCAAUCUUCAAGAUUCUGGUGCUACAGGCUCAUGCAAAAGUGGAAAAAAAGCUGCUGAGCAAGUAACCUCAACAAAGGAAGUUGCUUUUAGUUCAUUUUGGAGAGAGACAAGUUAUUUUGAGAUCCCUAAUAAGGAACUUCAGCAAAAAUCUGAGGGAGAGGGAAAUGGUGUAUAUGAAAUUGCAACAUUAGACCCUCACUGCCAGCAAACCUCAGGUGCAGGGCAUGCUUCCUUUACAAUUGAGUUUGAUGACAGUUCUCCAGGAAAGGUAACCAUUAAAGAUCAUGUUACAAAGUUUACAGACCAUCGCCAAAAGGCAAAGAAGCCCUUAUCCUCUGGAGAUAAAGACCUGGCUUUAUUAAAUACAGAACUAAUUGCUGCAGAAAAUAAAGUAGCUGACUGGUUAGCACAAAAUAAUCCACCCCAUUUGCUAAAAGAGGCAGCUGAAGAAGAUACAAAAACUGUUAAAAGUGACGUACCAGUAUACUUAAGAAGGAUACAAGGUAACAAACAUGAAGAUGGUACUCAAAGUGACUAUGAAAACAGUACAGCUCUUAAGCGGUUGAACAGAGCUACCCAUCUUCAAGACCAUGCAAAACAAAAAAGCCUAGAACAGAGAAUGUUGGAUCUUAAAAUUCAUGCAGGGGGAAGGCAGCAAGACACGGCAAGUCAAACAGCAUUUCUUAUAGAGUUUUUUGAUGAUGAACACCCAAGAAAGAGACGUUCUCAUUCAUUUUCUUUAAAUGUUAGUGCCUCAGGUCCAGAAGCACCAUAUCCUAUUCCACAAUCUAGAAUAGAGAAAGUAAAAGCUGGAUCUGUAGAUUCUAAAGGGCUGUCCUUAGGUCUGCAGUCAGGUUCGUCAUCUCACAGAGUAAUUCAUAGUACCCAGCAUGCAAAACUGUUGCUAAAACAGAGAUCUGAGGAGCCUUGUACAUCUUUAUUUUCACAAAAUAUUUUACUGAGAAGUUCUGGGAGUCUUGGACACCGACCACCAAAUAAGCAUUCUACAGUGAAUGGUAUACAGACACCUUCUGUGAGUAAGGAUCAGAGAAAUAGUCAGCUCAAUGAAAAAGCAAAUAUGAAAGAAGAAAUGGUCACUUCAGAUGCAAAGGAUGUUCUUUCUGCCUCAGGCAGAAAACGAUGGGUAUCCCAGUGGGCAAGUCUGGCCUCUAACCAUGUGGGUCAUGAUCAAGAAAAUGGGCAAAGUGAAUCCAACAUGUUGGUAUCUGUAGAAAAUGUUGACGAUUCGAGCGAGUGUGGAGUGUCACAUAAAAGUAGUGAAUCCACAACCUCUGUCCUGACUGAUCGUAAAAGGAGAACAUUACCAAAGCUUCCUAAAGAGGAAAGUCAUUCACAGACUUCAACCAGUAAACACUGCCUUAGGUCUGAAAUUGGAGAGAAACAAGAUACUGAAUUACAGGAGAAAGAAUCGCCUGCUCAUUCAGGCAAGAAGGACAAACUUUAUUUUCAUAAUGGAAGGAUGGACACAACAGGUACACUAGAUAGCACUUCAGCUGAAAAAUUUUGUAUCCUCACAGAUUAUCCCCAAAUAAAUGAAGCUACUGUAUGUACAAACUCUGUAAAAAAGAAUGCUACAUACAAAACACAACAAGAACACACUAAAGACCAACUGAAAUCUGUAAAAUUGUUCAAUAAGCCACCAACUGUCCCACCUAACAAAGGUGAAUUAUCAACCCAGACUUUUUGCAAGCCACAAAAUUGUGUAGAAGUGGCUCAAAAGAUAGGAAGUCAGAAAAAUGAAGUUGUACCCAGCUUUGAUAAUAUUAAAAGUGCUGAAAAUGAGAGAAAAGAUCCCAUAAAACCAUUAGUUAGACAAGGCAGUUUCACUAUUGACAAACCUAGUUCGAAUGUACCAAUAGAACUUAUACCACAUAUCAGUAAACAACCUGCUGUAUCACCUGUCUUUGCAUUUUCAUCUGUGAAUAAUUUAAGAGAAAGAAGUGGCUCUGUAGAUACUGACUCUAGCUUGGACACUACUAUGCUUUUGAAAGAUACAGAAGCAGUCAUGGCUUUCCUUGAGGCCAAACUGCGGGAUGAAAGCAAACCAGAUGACAAUCCAAAAACACCAAGCUACACCCAUGAAAAUUCUAUAUCACCUGAAUCAGAUGUCGAUACAGCAAGCACAAUUAGCAUUGUUGUUUGUGAUUCAGAUAAAAAGUAUUCACAAAAACGAAAAAGUUUUAUUAGCGGACACAAAGAGAAAUCUUCAACAGCUACUCCAUCCAAAGACUGUCAUAGCCCAGCAUCUGUGUACCGAGAUAAAACUGAAAGAAAAAGUAAAACACAUGUAAAAGAAGUUGGAAAUAGAGAAGAAAUCCGCAAAGUACUUCAAACAAGUAGCAGAAAUCGGCAACCUUCUCUUGACCUAACAGAUGAUGAUCAAACGUCUAGUUUACAUUGUUCAGCUGUUUCAGAUAUUUUGUCAUCUGACCAAGAAAAUUGUUCUGGAAAGUCCUUUUCCAAAGCUCAGUUUGCUUCUUCAGAAGCAUCCAAAACUGCUUCUGCUAGUAAGUCGGUAACACUUCCAAGACCUCGUCCAACAAGGACCUCACUGUUGCGUAGAUCACGUUUAGGUGAAACAUCAGAUACGGAAGUUGGCGAUACUGAUAGGGCGUCCGUUGCCUCUGAAGUUUCAACAACAAGUUCAACAUCAAAACAGCCUUCAGGUAAAAAGGCUCUCUCAAGGAUAGAUUUGCUUGCCCAACCACGCAGAGCAAGACUAGGUUCCUUUUCUGCUCGUAGUGACUCUGAAGCAACAAUAUCAAGAAAUACUGGAUCAUCUCGAACAGCAGAAUAUGCAAGCAGGAGUAAUCCUAAAUUUACUCCAACAACUGAUGGAAAAAGCACCCCAAGAGCCAGAGCUAACAGCAUUUCCCGUUUGUCAGAUGCUAGAACAAAGACAACUCUACUAACUCAUGUCUCUCCUUCAGUAAGUACCCGUUGGAGACGUUUACCACCAGAGUAUGCUUCUACUUCUGAAGAUGAGUUUGGAACCAACCGAAAUUCUCCUAAACUCUCCAGGCCACGUGCCUCUCCAACAAUUAAAAUUCAGAGGUCGCAAAUCAAUGGAAGUAGCCCUGUAGUAGCACAAUCUGGAGCCUUACAUGCAUCAGCGCUUAAACAUAAAGUGAAAGAACAGGAAGAUUAUAUCCGUGACUGGACUGCACAUCGUGAAGAAAUAGCAAGGAUCAGUCAAGAUUUGGCACUCAUUGCACGAGAAAUUAAUGAUGUAGCAGGAGAAAUAGAUUCAGUGACUUCAUCAGGCACUGCACCUAGCACCGCAGUAAGCACUGCAGCUACCACACCUGGUUCAGCUAUAGACACCAGAGAGGAGCUGGUAGAUCGUGUUUUUGAUGAAAGUCUAAACUUUCGAAAGAUUCCUCCUUCCUUAACUAAAUCAGAGGCGACUUUCCGGGCAAAUGAUUCAAAGCCUCUGCCAAUCGAAGCCCCAGAACCUCAAACUAUCACUAGAAGAAAAACUUGGAGCAGAGAUGAAGUAAUGGGUGAUAGCUUACUGCUUUCUUCAGUAUUCCAAUUUUCAAGGAAAAUUCGACAAACUAUUGACAAAACAGCAAAUAAAAUAAGAUUAUUAUUUAAAGACAAAGAAAGGAAUUGGGAUGAGAUUGAGAAAAGAAUAAGAGCAGAGAGUGAAGUGCCUAUUUUGAAAACUUCAUGUGCGGAAAUUUUGUCAAUACUACAAGAACUGAAGCGAAUAGAAAAACAGUUACAAGUAAUUAAUGCAAUGAUCGAUCCGGAUGGCUCACUGGAUGCACAGAAUGCCUUGGGAUUUGGUACUUUACACUCAAAGCUGAAGCAAAGUUCCCCAUUACACUCUGUCAUGUCAGCACUACCAGGCCAUUGUCAAAGUGAAAGUAGAACCUCUCGACAAAACAUUAUACAUGCUUCUUCGGACAUGGAUGGUGCUGAGGCUGAUGCUCAUUUUGGCAUAACCCUAAAUAGGUUCAAUCCUGAUGGCAAAGAAGAUGCUACUUUACAUGAAUAGAAUUUGCCUUGUGUUAAAUCACACAAAAUUGAAAAUAAAGUGAUGCAAUUCUG